AUGACAAAACUUCCACUCUCGAAUGACGAUGAUGAAAUGAACUUGACCAAUAAGAAGAGAAAACCCAAUCAUCCGAAUAUGAAUAACAGCAACACCAACAACAUGAAGGAUGAUAAAUCCUUGAAUUUUUCAUUCUCCGAUCAUCAUCCCGAAGGGAUGUUGCUUCCACCUACCAUGCCCUCAUCAUCAUCAUCAGCACCACUACAAUCCAAUUUAUCUCAUAUAACAGACGACUUGAUCCUUCAUCUCCUUUGUGAAUAUCUCGAAGAUGAUCAUCGGACACAAUUUUCAUUACUUUCUUCAUGUUCAAAAUUUAGGAAUAUCAUUUUGUACCAUCCAAACUUUCCAGUACAUUCGGCCUGUGAUCCAAACGAUUUUGCUGUGGGUUUUCUGUACCGAAUGGAAGGAGCACUCAGACAUUACACCUGUGGCUUGCAUUUACAAAAACCUCCUCAAAAAGAGAAAUUCAAAGAAGAAUCAACAAUGGAAAGGGCUUAUCGCCACGGAUUGGAAAAGUUGUUAAAGAGUGAUCAUCAUGAAUGGAUGAAAUCUUCAUGGAAUGACUCGUUGUUGGAAAUUGAAACUUUUCAUAGUGUGAAUGGAAACAAUGUCGAAUACACGUGUUGUGAUUUACUGCUUCUUUCUUUGAACCAAGGUAGCCAUGUGAAUGAACAAGACACUGUACUAUCGUCGUCACCACCAUCACCUUCUCCCGUUCGAGUGACACAAUAUUACUUUGCUUUCGUGGUGGAUGGAGGUCAACGCAUGAUUAGAUACAUGCUUUCCAGUGGAGAUAACGUUUUAAUAUCUAUUAAGGGAAAAUAUAUGGAUCCUUAUUAUAAUUUAUUCAUUCCGAAAUUUGAAGAAUUAAGGAAACAAACAGAGAUUGGAUCAAAAUUAACGAGCACACAACUUUUGGAUAUUUUACUUGUUGCAGCAGGAAUGACAGAUGGUUCAGACAAGAUUCUUCAAAUUUACAAAAAGGAAAUGACUGUUUAUGAAAAUCUCUUAAAAAAAGAGGAAGAAUUGAGGGCCAAGUUGGAAGCCGAGCAAAAAGAACAAGCUCUUGCUGAUCAAAACAAUGAAACUAAUGAAGAAGAGGGCGACGAGGAGGACGAAGAGGAAGAUGACGAAAGUGAAGAAGAGAAAGAAGAAGAUGACUCCAUUAAAGUAAAGUAG